ACAAGGGUCAACGAGAAUGUAUGACCAUUCGACCGCCAACUAUGGGGGCUAUCAACCUCAUAUAACAAAUUAUGGUUGGCAUCCACCUGGAUUCACUUUACGGUACACAUCGCCGGUGAAAAUACGUGGUUUCGAAAGCUUUUGGUCUCAAACGGCCAAAGCAAGUCUACACCUAACCGUCCUAUAUGGCUGCUAUCCUUUGGGUCCUGAGUCCCUAGAAUGGAAGACGCCUGGUAUUGGUUCAUUUUAGCACUUGGAGU